AUGGCGCUUCUGCUGGACUUGGCCGGCCUCCUGGUGCUCUUCAGCUUUGCAGACUGCGAGGACGCCCACCUGGUGACAGCAGAGGCGGACGGGUCCCCCGUGGUACACAUGGAGCUGUACCCCAGGAGGAAGACGCUGACCUGGAAAUCCCGGAGAAACGUGACCGAGCAAGAAUGCAAAAUCGACACUCCGCCCAGCUCCUCCACCAGGCAAGACCCUAAGGUCAAAGGAGACGGCACCUACUUUUGCCGGUUUCCCAACGCCGUGCUGCAUCGGGGGGCCACGCUGACUGUCCACGGGAUGGUGGACGGGACCCCGUUCCAGUCCGUCCUGGAGUUUCGCAAUCCAGGCCUGGAAGGAUCCGGGGCCGUAAACUUCUCCUGCCUCAUUUACAACCUGCACCACAUGAAUUGCAGCUGGAACCCGGGACCGGCCGCCCCCGCCGACGUCCAGUAUCACCUGUACGGCUGGACCUCCAGUCAUGAGGACGAGGUUGAGUGCUCCCGUUACGUGCCUGCCUCGGGGACACACAUGGGCUGCCGAUUCGAUGAGCUCGUGGGGUCCCAGCUCGCGGACUCCUACUUCUUCGUGGUGAACGGAACCAGCAAGGAGGCAGCCAUCCAGUUUACGGACUUCGACCCGCUUAGAGGCAUUCAGAUCGAAAAGGUUGACCCCCCGGCCAACCUCACCGUCGGCGGGAACGGAUCCCAUCACGUGAUCCAGUGGCACAACCCCAGGCUGCGGUUUGAGGCCUCGAGUAGCAUCUUCUUUUACGAACUGGACAUCCAGCGAGAGGGCACUUCCUCCAAGCAAGACUCUGUUUUCCUAAGAGGCAGCGAGGAGAACGUGUACCUGAUGCCCAGUUCGUCCAUGAGAGCCGGGCACACCGUCCGGGCGAGAGUGAGGUUCAUGCGCAGUGAGCUGUGGAGUGACUGGACCCCCAUCUUGCGUUUUGGCCUCCCAGACCAGGAUGUCGGCGGCUUCCCCGGUGCCCUUUUGGGGAUGGUGGUGGGGGUGGCCGCAUUGGCCAUCACCGUCCUCAUGUUUCUCUGCACGAGGUUCUCCCUGAGACGCAAGCUAUUCCCUCGGGUGCCCCAGGUGAAAAGGGAGGUGACGGGCACCGGUGAGGCCUUCCCGGAGGUAAGUGUGUGCAGGGGCAGCCGGACCCGGGGGGACAGGCAUGGGGUCCGGUGGGCCUGGAGGUUGGCGGUGGCUGGGACAUGGUACCCAGAGAUUUGCACGUUCUGGAACGUUCCACAGAAAUGGAAUCAGCCCGGCCGGUGUUGCCCAAUGGAUAGAGUGUCGACCGAUGAACCUGGAGGUCCCGGGUUCGACGAGCGGAUGAGAUGGCCGUGGCCCACCCACACCGUGGAAUACUACGCAGCCCUGAACAAGGUGGGUCUCUUACCCUUUGAGACGGCACGGAGGGACCUGGAGACCAUGAUGCUGAGAGACACAAGCCGGUCAGAGAAAGACUCGUACCCCAUCAUCUCACUCCUACCUGGAAGCUAA